CCAACCGGCAGAUGUCAGUUAGUUUCGUUUCAAUCGUCACUGAGAUCACAGAAGCAACAUGAAGUUCGCCGUCGUCGUAGUCCUGUUCGCUUUGGCCUGGGGAGUCAACAGCUCGGUGGUGCCUCUCCUGACCGCCGCCCACGGAGGUGUGGUGCUUGGUGCUCCCGCCGUUGCCGGUUCGGUGGCCAUUCAGGCCUCUGCUGUUCCCGCUGCCGUUCCCCUGGCUCUUUCCCCAGCUGGACCCCUGCUCAUUCAGUCUGGUCCUGCUGUGAUUGCCGCCCCUGCUCCGGCUGUGAUUGCUGCUCCCGCACCCGCCGUCGUUGCUGCCCAUGCCCCCGCCGUGGUGGCUGUCGCUGCUCCAGAGGCCAGCUAUGUUGCCAAGACCCGUGGUGCCGUCCAUGUGGCUCCUCUGCCCGGACAUGUACAGUCCGCCGCUUCCGUGAACCUGGAACCCGCACCAGGCACCUGGUAAAGACCUGAAAUAUCCCAUGGAUUACAUCUACUUCGAUCUUGACCGUCACUCUACACCCAUCUGUUCCACAUAACUUUUUGGUUUUUUAAGUUCCCGCAUGGUCUUUCCACUAUUGAGAGCCCAUCGGGUUCUCAUUUCUUCAGCAAUCUAAGUCAAUCCUAUCCAGUCUAUCGCUUUCCGCUUUAUUCUCUGGUCUAUAUUUAUCCACCCCACUGUUGUCAUCUGGAAAUUUGUUUCUUUUUGAAUAAAAAAAUGUUAUUAAAAAAA